AUGGUGAGCUCCUCCGACGAUGAAGAUUUUUCAGGUGGCUUUCAGAAAUUUUCUGGUCUUCAAAAAUUUUUUGAUUAUAUUUUUCUGAGCAGGAAGUAAGAGUAUUUAUUCAUUUUAUUAAAAAUCCCAUGGUGUAAAUUUUUUUAAAGUUAUGUCAGAUUUUUUUGCCUCAAAAAAAUUUUAAGCAAGGAAGUUUUUUUGAAAAUAUUGUAAUAUUUUUAAUUUUUUUAAUCUUUUUCUUUACUCCACUUCACAUUAUCAACCUUUUUUUCCAUGUGAUUUAUUUGAAUUUUGUAGAUCUUUUUGUAUUAUUUAAAUUCGUUUUGGCUAUCCUAGACGUGGAAGGACGGCUGUUCCUGGAUUUGCGACGGGCGACCGUCUACCGGACGAACAGCGGGAUUCCCUUGGGACAAAGGGACCUCCCGGCUCCGCCCAGCCAGAGACAACGGACCCGUUAUGUUCGUCUCGAAGAGCUCGACCGUUUCUUCGGAAUCGUCCAUGAUAUCCUCAGCGGACAGCUCUAUCAGUCCAUUCCCGCCUAUAGGGAGGUGAAUAUUGAAACAGUAGUUAGGGGCUUGAACUUCAUAGGUAUAAAAAUCCUUUGUUCGAUAACAGAUACUUUUGUUUAAACGUUUGUCCUUUUAAAAACUAAGUUUAUUUUUCAAAAGAUAUGAGUUUUUUUAAAUUUUGAUGUUCCUUCGAAUUUUCAGGCUUUUUUUUUGAUGACUUACAUAAAAUUCGAAACAGAAAAAUAAUUUUUUUCCAAUAGCUUGAAAAAAAAUAAAUGAAAUGAGUUAUGUUGGAUUUUUGGCCAAAAAUUUUAAACGAUUUUUUUGGACAGAUUUCGAGAAAAAAAAAUGCUUUUUUUAUAGGUUUUGACUGGGAAAGUAACUGGAAAAAGUGAUUUUUCUCAAUUUAUAUUCUUUCUGUUUAUUUUAUGUAUGCUUCAACUUGCUCGAUUCUAGAAUCUACUUUCAGUACAUUUUUAAGCCUUUCUUAGCUGAUUUUUUUCAAAAUUUUUUUAUUUUACUAAUUAUCGAGAUUACAUUUUUAUGGGAUUUCUAUAAAAAAAUCAAUUUUCUACCUUUCUCAAGUGGUUUUUUUCAUUUCAAGUCUCUUGUUUCACAAUGAAAAAAUCUGAAUUACUUAUAAUUUCCUCCAAAAUUGAAUCUCCACCUUCUUAACUAUUUUUUUUGAAAUGCAAUCUAGGAAAAAACCUGAAUUUAUUUUAAAAUCAAAUUUCAACUUUCCUAACCAACAUUCUUAGGAACUCGAGUGGUCCGUAUAGGAGCAACCUAAGGGUCCUUUGGAGGGUCUCCUCUAGAAACUACUUUACCAAGCUCUUUAGGGGUCACUAAAUCUUGAAAAAGGGGCCUCUAUAGGGGACAUGCUAGUAAAUAACUGUUCUGAACUACAAGCGAAGAAGCACUUCCAUGGAGAAUAAAUAAGCGUUUUUGAGUCCCCUAUGGGGCCCACUUGAGCUUUUGGGACUAGGGGGUCAAUCCGUAAUCCCCUAAAGGGACCACCUUAAUUUUACCCCUAUAGGGAUCACUUUUUCAACUCCCAUAAAGGUUGUUUUCAUCCCUAACCCCUAAAGGGACCACUAUGAAAUCCCUAUUCCGUUCCAAACCGAAGGAAUCUUUAGAUAAUCCCGCGGGAGGAGUUCGUGGUCGUCUCGCAGAGCUUCUUCAGCGAACGGAUCAACCGGGUGACGAGCUCGAGGGUGGAGGGCGCGGUCGACGCGGGGACGCCGCUCAUCAAGGUGCUCGCCGACGUGAUCAACUCCUACGGCGAGGUCGUGACGCACGACGGCGCCCUGCAGAUGAUCGUCGAGCGGGAGUCGUCGGCCUCCUGGCAGCAGGCCGUCCGUCGCGUCAACGACGACAUGAUGAACGACUACGACACGUUUACCAAUGCUUGUGAAAGGUGCUG